AUGCUGCUCACCACUGAGGCGAUGCUGCUCACCACUGAGGCGAUGCUGCUCACCACUGAGGCGAUGCUGCUCACCACUGAGGCGAUGCUGCUCACCACUGAGGCGAUGCUGCUCACCACUGAGGCGAUGCUGCUCACCACUGAGGCGAUGCUGCUCACCACUGAGGCGAUGCUGCUCACCACCGAGGCGAUGCUGCUCACCACCGAGGCGAUGCUGCUCACCACCGAGGCGAUGCUGCUCACCACUGAGGCGAUGCUGCUCACCACUGAGGCGAUGCUGCUCACCACCGAGGCGAUGCUGCUCACCACUGAGGCGAUGCUGCUCACCACCGAGGCGAUGCUGCUCACCACUGAGGCGAUGCUGCUCACCACUGAGGCGAUGCUGCUCACCACUGAGGCGAUGCUGCUCACCACUGAGGCGAUGCUGCUCACCAAUCAUCCCGCCCUGGGACUGAUGCUGUGUGCGACGGCGGGCGCGGUGACGAUGCGCAUCACGUGGAUGCCUGUCGCUCGUCACGUGAUUGCUGGUGGGGGGAAGGCGGGGAGGAGAGGGGCAGGCGGGGAGGAAACUCAGCUUGUCAGGCGCCAGCAGUGUUCUCGUUGCUGCCAUGAGCCACGAGCCGCCACAAUGACUGCGCUCACUCCUCUGCUGCCCCCGCCUGCGCUGUGCUUUCCCCUGCCUUCCAAGUGGAGCAAUGGCGGCACUCACCCUGCGCUGCACCACUCGCCUUGCCUGCGCUGCCCACCAGGUAAGCAACGCUCUCCACUGCCCAAUUCUUCCCCUUCCCCCCAUUUUCCGCCUCCUCCCCUCUCCACCCUCUCUCGCCUCCCCAUCCGCCUUGCGCAAACACAAGUGGCGGUGAAAGCUGCAGCGCAGGAGGCACGGCAUCCCCAUGCAUGCCUCCACGCUGCACUCGCUCACUCACUCCCACCCCACCCACGCGCCCUUCCCCUCAUGCUCUCCGCCUAG